AUGGCUGAGGAGGACCGGGAGAAGACUUCCUUCAUCACUGAGGAGGGAACCUACUGCUACCGGACCAUGCCCUUUGGGCUGAAAAACGCUGGAGCCACCUACCAGCGCCUGGUCAACAAGUUGUUCCAAAAUCAGAUCGGCAAAAGCAUGGAGGUCUACGUGGACGACAUGAUCGUCAAAAGCCGAACCGACCAUCGGCUCGUUCCGGACCUAAGGGAGAUCUUGGACAUCCUGCGGGAGAGCCGGAUGCGGCUGAACCCAAAGAAGUGCACCUUCGGAGUUAGGUCGGGCCGGUUCCUCGGUUUCUUGGUCUCCCGAGAAGGAAUCCGGGCAAACCCCGAAAAACUCCAGGCCAUCAUGGACAUGGCCCCUCCACGGAAUGUGAAGGAGGUCCAGCGACUCACGGGGAGGAUGGCAGCCCUGAACAGAUUCUUAUCGCGUUCCGCGGUGAGUGGGCUCCCCUUCUUCCGAAUCCUGAAAGCGCCCAAGGACUUUCAGUGGACCGAGGAGUGCGAAAAGGCCUUUACCGACCUAAAGGCGUAUUUGGUCGAGUUGCCCACCCUGACCGCCCCGGAACAGGGAGAAACCUUGUUCCUGUACUUGUCCACCUGCAACGAGGCCGUCAGCGCGGUUCUGGCCCACAGCAUUGUCGUCAUGACCGAUCAGCCUCUGCGGCAGAUACUCACCAAGCCCGAGGUCUCGGGCAGGAUGACCAAGUGGGCCGUCGAGUUGGCCGAGCACGACAUCGGCUAUAGACCCCGCACUGCUAUUAAGGCACAGGCUUUGGCCGACUUCCUCGCUGAAGGGGCUAGUUCGUCCACGGGCGGACUGAGCUCUCCGCCUGUACCUGGGCAGCCGUGGGUGCUAUUCGUGGACGGAGCCUCGAGCAAGGAAGGAAGCGGAGCUGGCCUGCUGCUUAUCUCGCCAACCGGGGAGGAGCUGACAUAUGCCCUCCGAUUCGACUUCCCCGCGUCCAACAAUGAAGCCGAGUACGAGGCCCUGCUCACAGGAUUGCGGAUAGCCCACCAGAUGGGUGUGACCGCCAUCAAAGUUCGGAGCGACCCUCAACUCGUCGUCCUCCAAGUUCGCGGGAAAUACGAGGCCAAGGAGGAGAUCAUGAAGAAAUAUCUGGCCAAGGUACAGGAGGCGACAGCCUUGUUUAAUACAUUUGAGAUCGAGCGGGUGCCUAGAUCGCAGAACAAGCGUGCAGACGUCCUGUCAAAGCUGGCAUCCUCCUCGUUUGCGCACCUGAACAAGGAAGUUCUGGUAGAGGUGGUAAAGCAGAAAAGUAUGCGGCUGCUCUGGUUCAAAAAUACCGAGCAUGCCAGGUGCAUGCCCCGCUGCGCCACCAACCCAACCAGGAGAUGGUCCCCAUCCACAGUCCUUGGCCUUUCGCCCAGUGGGGGAUAG